CCCCGGCAAUUCCGUCAAGGUAAGCAAGGAUCCAUGCCAUUUUUCUUCGCCAAACACCAUGGAUGCAUCCGUUCUGUUCAUGCGUGAAGUUGAGACGAAUUUCAGCCAAAGAUAGGCUGUAGGAGUGGUGGAUGAAUCAGACUGAUGACGGAUGACGUUUCUGGCUUGUCGCAUAUUCAUAUGAGCUUUGGGAAGGACGCAGACUGACUUAUUCCCGUCGUGCGCGCCGGUUUUAUAGAUGAAGGUCGAAAUCGACGCGUUCUCCGGUUUCCGUGUGUACCCCUCCAAGGGAAAACUCUUUGUCCGUGGAGACUCCAAAGUUUUCCGAUUCUCUAGUUCCAAGAACUCUUCCCUGUUCCUCCAGCGCAAGAACCCACGUAAGAUCGCAUGGACACAGGUCUACCGUCGCAUGCACAAGAAGGGUAUCACCGAGGAAGUUGCUAAGAAGCGUUCCCGCCGGACCGUGAAGCACCAACGUGGCAUCGUUGGUGCUGACCUUGCCACUAUCGCCGCCAGGCGUAACCAGACCGCUGCUGUCCGUAACCAGCAGAGAAUUUCGGCCAUUGCAAAGGCCAAGACUGAGAAGAAAGAGAAGGAGUCGAAAAAGGCCAAGCCUGCACGUGCGCCUGUUGCGAGUGGACCCAGGGUGUCGAAGCAGCAGAUGAAGGGUGGCAAGGGUGGCCGAUAAGCAGUUCUUUUGUUGUUGGCACAUGCCUAUGUAUCGCACAUUCCUUUCGACACGACUUCUCACGGGCAAAAAUCUAUGCUGCAUGCUUCCAUAUGAGCUGCUAAUCAUAUAAAAUUUGUUGGGAAUAAGACUGAUGAUACAAGUAUGUGCAAGUGUGGGAUAAGAUGGCCAGUCAAAAUUUCGGUGCGUGAUUAACAUGUUCUGGCGCAUACUUUACCUGCGCACUCCGUUAGGAAAUGCUAUGAGAGGUACUUGAAAAUUACCAUCUCGGUCGCCAGCUUGGCACAGCCACACUUUUGGUAGAAGGCU